UACAUUAUCUUAAUGGACCGCCAAGACCUUCAUGAGAUUUAAAAUGUCACUUAAGUUUACAUUAUUAUCCGAAAGUGUCAAGACAAUUGAGCAAAUUCAAAGAGCUGGUUUUCUUCCUGAUCCUGUACAAGCUGACGUGAUGAUGAAUGAAUUUAAGAUAACUAAUAAAUAUAGAAAUCAAGCCUAAGUUCAUCUUGAUAAAAUCUUGAAACCAUAUAAACAUAUUUUAGACCCGAAUGGAAAAAUUUGGAAGAUGAUCGAAUUAUUGCCGAAUGGGAUCAAGUUUCUAAUUAUGAAUAGGAAAAAAAGAGAAGUUAGGAAAAGGAAAACUAUUUUGUAUUUACACGAUGGAGGUUAUUAUUUUCUUUGUAAAGAAUCUCAUCGUUCUAUUACAAGCUCUCUUGCUAAAAAAUAGCGAAUGCAAGAGUAUUAGCAAUCAAUUAUCGGCUUACAUCUCAAAAUCAAUUUCCUACCGCAUUACAAGAUGCAUUUAGAGUUUAUAUCUCUUAAAGAUAUGAGAUUUGAACCUUUAAAUCCAAAAA